GAGCUAUACCUGGCCUCACCGCAACAAAAAUGUUACACAUUGCAUCUGACGCUUGACGGUUGCUCCAAAAGACUGUGUUCGUACCUCAACUGUAACUAGGCACCCGGAACGUCAGGUGGGAAGAGAGGCAGAGAUUACUUAACCUUGGCGAUGUGGCAGGCCAAGAAAGUGCAAGAAUUCCUCACCUGUGUGAUCUGCCAGGAAAUUUACACAGACCCGUGUACACUGAGGUGUGACCACACAUUCUGUAGGAAAUGUGUCACUGCAUACAUCCAAACUAGACCAGAUGCUGUGCAGUCCAAGACGAUCCCCUGUGCCUUCUGUCGACAAGAUACCAAGGUGCCCAACCCCAGCAGACCAGUGGAGGAGUGGGCGGGGCAGAUCAAACCCAGCAUCAUUAUACAGGGGCUGGUGGACACACAAAGUGAAGCUAUGGAAGCAGAUACAAUGGACAAUCACUGCUCAAUGUGUAUAGCUAUAGGGAAGACAACUCCUCGAGCUUGGUGGUGUCAUGAAUGUGAAGUUUCCCUAUGCAAAACAUGUUUAAAGAUGCAUCAUGCAAGUCCGAUCUCACGUGACCACGAAGUGGCUGAUCUAUCUGAAGGGGGCCCGGUAAAGAAAACCCGCAAGGUUAUGUGCAAGGAACAUAAAAAAGAAGCCGUCAGUCUUGUGUGUAGAGAUUGUCACAAAGCUGUAUGUCCGUCAUGUUGUGUUGUUUACCACAGGAGAUGUGACUCUGUGGUUACAAUACACUCUAUGAUAACAACAAUUAAAUAUCACUUGACAAAGAGAAGAAAUAUGAUGGCGAAUAAGAUAAAAGGAAAACAAAGAAUGGUUCAGAAAACCCAAGAAAGGAUUAUCAGAAUUAAGGAAAAAAGUAAACAAGCAGAAAUGGAUGUCCAAAAUGACAUUGCAAGCGCCAUUAAAAAAAUCAAACAGAAAGGUGAACGGCUGAUAAAUGAAAUCAAAGAAAUUACAGAAAAUGAAUCUAAACAGUUGCAAGCUGGUGUGAAGCAUGAAGAGAUUGAGGUGCAGAUGUACAGACAACAUUGUGAGUUCAUUGAGCAGACCUUGGUAUCGGACUGUGAGAUGGACCUGUAUGACGCGUAUGAGGCUUGGGAGACGAGGGAAAUGAUGGACAAAGCCUCAGCAAGCAAACGAAGAAUAGAUGACAUCAGGUUUAAUUCAGACGCUGAUGAAGUCCAGCACAUCCUUGAUGACCUACGGCUGGGGAAAAUUGACGUCACAUACCUGGAUCAGGGAAGUUGUUUGCCGACUCGUGUGGUGGUUGACACGAUAGACGGGAAGAUGGAGAGUGACGAGAAGGAGCCUUCCCUUCGUGAUGUCACAGUCCUGGUUGUCGAUGGCAUGGAGACAGUUGUAGUCACUGACUUUCAGAACAUGUGUGUAAAAUCAUUCUACACCAAACACAACAGGUCGUGUCACAGAAAACUUCCCCUGAGAAGCGAUCCAUUUGGUAUAACUCAGUGGAAGGAGAACAAGGUGAUGGUCGCUAUGGCUAACUCUUGUCAAAUUCUAACGCUGGAAGUGACACCUGACCUGAAACUGCUCUCAGCCGUCUCAACCAGCAAGGGGUAUUUCAGCAUCGCUGUUCUGGGUCCUUCAACUCUAGCAGCAGGUGGUCACGAACGUGUUGAUAUCUUGGAUAUUUCUGGACACGUGUUGAAGUCAGUCACUGAACGCAACAACAAGAGACUGUUUACCUACCCUUUCCACAUGUGCGUCAACACCAAGGGCAACAUACUCGUGUCUGACUGGAAGGAGAAGUCUGUGACAUGUGUUACGUCAGAGGGUGAUGUGGUAUGGAGCUACGCCCCUACCGGACACAGAGCUCUCAUUUACCCUCGUGGUAUCACAACUACAAGUACCGGCGAUAUCCUGCUUGCUGAUAAUUUCUCCGACAAAGUCAUAGAACUGAACGAGUCUUGGGAGUUUGUCAGAUAUAUCCUCCAGUCAAAAGAUGGUAAAGCUGUUAUUUCUCCAAGGGGUUUGUAUGUAGAUAACAGAAACUCACUGUAUGUGUGUGGAGGCAGGAAGACAAUAGAAAUAAUCUUCACAUGAAAUUGUAUCACAAUUGAUAUUUGUGUCAAAUGGACCAAAUGAAUCUAUAUUGACUCAUGUUAUGAGAGCGGACUUAUCUUGUGAAAAGAAGAUAACAAUCACGAGGAUACUUAUGAUCGAUAAAUACAGUCAAAGGACACAUCAUAGAGUAUAUAUCUUGUUAAAAAGGCAAUAAAAUAGAUGAUAAGAAAUUAUGGUCUUCGGCAUCGAUUCCUUCGUGGUGAUGUUAGAAUAUUUUUAACCUGUAUUAUCGUUAUUGUUUUUCAAUCGUUGAAAGACUCAGAGGACAUGCAAUAAAAGUUCACUUCAACAGAGGCUUGGGCUUGUUCAAUUUCUGUGGAUGAAAGGUGUCACCGGGUCGUUACCGGACCUCUCUGCUCCCCGGCUUUAUUUCAGACACCGCUCGGCAAAGUCCGGCGAUCGUCAUUGAUCAGUGUCAUGACAUUCUGUGUUAGGGAAUUUCUGUGUUUCUUUCUCUUGUGUUUUAUUGGCACACUCAUAUUUACUGACUUGAUGUAAGUAUCUCUUAUAUGUU